AUGGGCGCAAUCAAGAGAGUCGCAGUCAUCGGCGCGGGGCCGGCGGGGGCCAUUGCCAUUGAUGCGCUAGCAAAGGAGAAGGCUUUCGACGUCAUUCGUGUGUUUGAGCGCCGGGAGGCGAGCGGCGGGUGCUGGAUUGGCGACAAGGAAGUGCCACCUCACCUCACCGACUUCACCUCCCUCGCCGACCGCACCGCCGACAGACCCAUCCCGGUCCCGGAGUCUUUUCCGGCGCAGACCCCGACACAGAAGACUCCGCGCUUCACCGAGUCCGGCAUCUACCCGUACCUCGAGACCAACGUCGACGCAAUCCCCAUGUCCUUCUCGGACGCUCCCAUCUCAGAGGAGCGGACACCCAACUCAAUCGCCCUGCACGGCCCUUCAACGCCAUUUCGUCACUGGACCGUCAUGAGAGAUUACGUCCGGCGCAUUGUCGACGAGUAUGAGGGCUUUGUGUCUUAUAACACCACCGUUGAGCUGGCCGAGAAGGUGGGGGAUGAGUGGAAAGUUGUCCUGAGAAAGGAGGGCAAAGACUCGGAUGAGUGGUGGGUUGAACGGUUCGACGCGGUUGUCGUCGCGACGGGACACUACUGGGUUCCCUACGUCCCCAAGAUUGAAGGCCUCGAGGAGUUUGAGAGAGCUCGCCCGGGCAGUGUCAUCCACAGCAAACACUACCGCGGAAGGGGAGAUUUCUGUGGAAAGCGCGUCGUGAUUGUCGGCGCCUCCGUCUCAGGAGCCGACAUUUCAGUUGACCUCAUCAACACAGCAAAGCUCCCCAUCUACUCCGUCGUGAACGGGCGCAAGGCCAACCUCUAUUUUGGCGACGGCGCCUUUCACCACCCCAAAAUAUCCCGACAGGCCACAAUUUCACGCAUCGAGGGUCGGACGGUGCACUUUAUAGACGGCACGUCGGUCUCGGACGUCGACAGCAUCAUCUUCGCGACGGGCUUUACCUGGACGCUGCCCUUCCUGCCAUCCGUCGAGGUCCGUAACAACCGCGUAACGGGGCUUUACCAGCACGUCAUCUACCACCGCGACCCGACGCUCCUAUUCAUCGGCGCCGUGGCAGCGGGCCUGACGUUCAAAAUCUUUGAGUGGCAAGCCGUCCUGGCGGCGCGCGUGCUUUCCGGAAGGGCGAGACUGCCGCCGGCGGAAGAGCAGGCCAAGUGGGAGGCCGAUCGCGUUGCGGAAAUGGGUGACAAGUUUCCACUGGUGCACCCGCACUUUGAGGAGUACUUUGAGACUGUGCGGGCGCUGGCGGGCGAGCCCGAGAACGGCGUCGGGAGACGGUUGCCGCCGUUUGAUCCCUCAUGGUUCCAGGUGUUUCUCGACGGGUUGGAAUUGAGGAGGCAAAUGUGGGUGAGACUGAAUGCGAAGGCACAGGAAGAACUUUUGCAAGCAGGUGGGCUUGGCGCGACAAGCGAAGCGCUCUUGGCAGAGAAGACCCCCCUUGUAACCGCGAUAGAAACCCCUCAAGAAGUGGCGUAG